UCUACGUUAACGUUGCCUUAGAGGUUUGUUCCUGUUUUUUGUUAUGACUUAUUCGCUUUAUUAUUUUAUCAUCAACCUUAUGAUAUAUCAUGCGAUAGUCACGUUGUCCACCGGAUCAUUUCGCCACACCAUCGUAGGUGAUUAGGACAUAAAAUGGGAGUUUUAACCGUUUCUCUCCUUUUAUCGAUGCUUUUCAUCAGCACCGGCAGAGCAAAAUAUGAACCGAACUGGUUAUCCAUCGACUCCAGACCGCUGCCAGAGUGGUACGACCAGGCCAAGUUCGGCAUCUUCAUACACUGGGGGGUUUUCUCUGUUCCGAGCUUCGGCAGUGAGUGGUUCUGGUGGUACUGGCAGAAGGAAAAACGCGAGCUGUAUGUUGACUUCAUGCAGAGGAAUUAUCCUCCAAACUUCCAGUAUCAAGACUUUGCAUCGCAGUUCACUGCUGAGUUCUUCAAUGCCAAAGAGUGGACGGACAUCUUUGUCUCAUCAGGGGCAAAGUACAUCGUCUUAACCACAAAACACCAUGAAGGUUUCACACUAUGGGGCUCAAAAAACUCCUGGAACUGGAAUGCAGUGGAUAUUGGACCAAAGAGAGAUCUGGUAGAUGAAGUGGCAAGUGCCCUCCGUGCUAACAGUGACCUGCGUUUAGGGCUGUACCACUCUCUCUUUGAGUGGUUUAAUCCGCUCUUUGAACUGGACGCUGCCAAUGUCUUCACAACUCAAUACUUUCCAAACAGUAAAACUCUGCCCGAGCUUUAUGAGCUCAUUGUCAAGUACAAACCAGAGGUACUUUGGUCUGAUGGGGAUGGGGAUGCACCUGACAAGUACUGGAACAGCACAGGUUUCUUAGCCUGGCUCUAUAAUGACAGUCCUGUGCGAGACACAGUGGUAACGAAUGAUCGCUGGGGCUCUGGCUCCAUUUGCACCCACGGUGGAUAUUACACCUGUGCUGAUCGCUACCAGCCAGGACACCUGCUCAAACACAAGUGGGAAAACUGCAUGACCAUUGACACAAAGUCCUGGGGUUACAGACGCAACGCUCCUCUCAAGGACUACCUCACCAUAGAGCAGCUUGUAUCAACCUUGGUGGAGACUGUGUCCUGUGGGGGGAACCUGCUGAUGAACAUCGGCCCGACACACGAUGGCAGGAUCGCUCCCAUCUUCGAGGAGCGGCUGAGGCAGGUGGGUCAGUGGCUGACGAUCAACGGGGAGUCCAUCUACAACACAACAGCAUGGCGGGCUCAGAACGACACCGUCACUCCCAACGUCUGGUACACUUUCAGACCACAGGAAAAGAGCAUCUUUGCCAUUUUACUGGAGUGGCCCAAUAAUGGAUCUGUGAUUCUGAAUGAACCUGUGGCCACACAAGGAAAGACUCAGGUGGUGCUACUCGGCCACGGGGCUGUGCAGUGGGAGCCUGUGAAGCCCGGCGGGCUGCGGGUUCUGCUGCCCCAGCUCUCCUUCAGCCAGAUGCCAUGCCAGUGGGCCUGGACACUGAGGCUGGCUGGGGCCACUUAGAGGGAAACCAGAGGAACAGACGGAAGAAGGACCCAGCGUUUUAUUUCAUUUCAAUCAGGAGAGAUGUUAUUCAAGAGUCAAAUACCUUGAAUUAUUAUGGUGCACAAUCAGCUUAAUAUGUUAAGAGUCUUUGGCGGUUAGACUUCAUUGCAAUGUUAAAUCUGAAGGUGUAUGGGGGCCGUGGACAUACAGGAAAAUUCACCUGAUGGAGUCUAGACACUGGUGGUGGUGAUGAAGGGAAGAGCCUGAAGAUCUGGGUGGAUGUUUACAUGAAGUGGGGCUUCUGAUGAUGGAGGAACCCUGGCUGCUGGGAAUGAUCAGAAUGGGGUUGGAGGAGGGAGGGACGCAUCUGUUUUGCCUGAAAUGACAACUGACAGCAACAGAGUGUAGAACAGAUCUGACCGCUGUCGUCAAAACUGUGAUACAUUAAGUGUUUCAACUUGUGGUUAUUUUUUUUGCCUUGAUUAUUUUGAAUGCCUACAUAUUUGUAUGUGAUUUUCAUGCAGUCAUCAACACAGAUCAAUGCGGGGGAGAAUAAUCGUGAAGGAAUGUUUUUAAAUUCAAUUCAGUCUUCAAGCACCAUGUUUUUGAUAAUUAACAUUUGCAUGUGAAAAAAGAACAUAUUUAUGAAAUAAAUCACUUUUUCAAUUUGA